AUGAAGACUCAGCUCGUUGGUUUUUGUUUGGCGAUCCUCGGCUUUCUUGGAACCAUUCUUAUCUGUGCUCUUCCUAUGUGGAAGGUGACUGCCUUCAUUGGAGCGAACAUCAUCACCGCUCAGGUGUUUUGGGAAGGCCUGUGGAUGAACUGCGUGCUCCAGAGCACAGGUCAGUUACAGUGCAAAGCCUACGACUCUGUUCUGGCUUUACGACAGGACCUGCAGGCCUCUCGGGGCCUGAUCUGCUCCUCACUUGGCGUCAGCGUGCUGGCCAUCGCGCUCAGCGUGGUUGGGGUCCGGUGCUCCAACUUCUAUCGAGACGACCAGCGAACUAAAACCAACAUCGGAGUGGGAGGAGGUGUGGUGUUUAUAAUCGCAGGGAUCCUUUGUCUCAUACCAGUCUGCUGGAUGGCUUACACCAUCAUCACAGGAUUUUAUGAUCCUCUGGCCACAGACGCAAUGAAGGGAGAACUGGGAGCGUCCAUUUACGUCGGCUGGGUGUCGGGGGCUCUGCUGGUCAUUGGAGGAGGGAUACUGUGUGGUACCUACAGAUGCUGAGGCUGCAGAGCGCACAGUGGCAUCCAUUCAAAACA